AUGAAAUCGAAUGUAUUGAAAUUAUUUCGAACGGCUAUUAAUGCUGUUGAUCCAUAUACAUGUGUUAAACAUCAUCUUGUUUUUAAUAAUAAUAAUAAUAAUCAUUUAAAUAAUGGAAUAGCAGAAUUACAUAUUGGAAAUAAUCAUAUCAUACUUAACCAUAAUCUUUAUGUAGCAGCAUUUGGUAAAGCAGCUAUAGGUAUGUGUCGAGCUGUCGAUGAACUUUGUCAUGAGCAUAUUAUCAAAGGUAUUGCUAGUGUUCCUGUUGGUGCAAUUGAGCAAGCUAAAAGGAAAGAUUUAUAUAUGUAUGUAUAUACAUAUGUUGAUCGUAAUUGA